UGCGCGAGUGUGCGCGCGCGAGCUCGCAUCAUCCCAGAUCACACCCACCCGCGUACGAUCGCGUCAAGGUGGUCAGAAACGCGCCGUCCUUGGGGGCGGAGGAGGAGGAAGAGGAAGAGGAGGAAGAGGAGGAGGAGGAGGCAGAGCGCGAGCGAGCGCGUCCUUCCUUUAUGCGCCUCUAUCAUUUGCACAGACGAGGGGCCGCAGGGAGCUGAACGCCACAGCGGUUCGGAACCCAGUCCGUCGCGGACGUCAAGCGUAGUUCCCGCUGCCGCUGCCGCUGCCUCUGCCGCAGUCGGCGCCUUCAGCACCGCUCCCGCGCGGACAGCGCGCGGCCACGCCGCCCCUCAGCGCCGCCGCCGCCGCCACAUGUAGGACAGCAGGGUUCCCGAACGGAGCCGAGCGCGUGCGGUGGCUCGCAGAGCAGUCUCCUCUCAGGGAUGUAUGUGAACGUGGCCAUAGCCUCAUUUUAAAGCCCAACUGCACCCUGUUUUACCGCGCACAGCCAUCGAGGGACUGAGACGGUGCGGAGUCGGAAAAAAAAUGACCCACUUGCAAGCGGGCCUGAGCGCCGAGACCACGGAGAAAGCUCGCCUGGAGCUCAACGAAAACCCUGACACCCUGCACCAGGACAUCCAGCAGGUGCGGGACAUGAUCAUCACACGGCCGGACAUCGGCUUCCUCCGCACGGACGACGACUUCAUCCUGAGGUUCCUUCGUGCCCGCAAGUUCAACCAGGUGGAGACGUUCAAGCUGUUGGCCCAGUACUUCCAGUACCGCCAGCAGAACCUGGAGAUGUUCCAGAGCUUCAAAGCCGACGACCUCGGUAUCAAGAGAGCCCUCAUGGAUGGCUUCCCCGGGGUUCUGGAGAACCCUGACCAGUACGGCAGGAAAAUUCUCAUCCUCUUCGCGUCCAACUGGGACCAGAGUAGGAACUCCUUCACGGACAUCUUGCGAGCCAUCCUGCUGUCCCUUGAGGUUCUGAUCGAAGACCCGGAGCUGCAGAUCAAUGGCUUCAUCUUGAUCAUCGACUGGAGCAACUUCUCCUUCAAGCAGGCUUCCAAGCUCACCCCCACCAUCCUGAAGUUGGCUAUUGAGGGCCUCCAGGACAGCUUCCCUGCGCGCUUCGGAGGAAUCCAUUUUGUCAACCAGCCGUGGUACAUCCAUGCCUUGUACACAAUAAUCAAGCCUUUCCUCAAAGACAAGACCAGGAAGCGGAUCUUCCUUCAUGGGAACAACCUGAACAGCCUGCACCAGCUCAUCUUCCCAGAGUGUUUGCCGUCUGAGUUUGGCGGGACCCUGCCGCCCUACGACAUGGGCAUGUGGGCGCGGACAUUGUUAGGGCCGGAAUACAACGACGAGACGGAAUACACGCACACGUAUGAUGCGCUUCACGUCAAGGAGGCCCUGGGCUCCUCCGACAAGGACUGCACGGAGAAGCUCAUGAAGAGGUCCCAGUCGGCGGUAGAACCCGGGACACUGAAGCACAAGGACCGAGAUGACGACACAGCGCAGCCCCUACUGGCUCUGGACUGAACUGCAGGUGGGGGGAUGGGGGAGCGCCCGUGCCAUCGGGAGCUGGCGUGAGCCGCCGUGACGCAUCGUACGUUGGCGCCAGACGUGCCGGGGGGGACGCCCACGCUCGACGCCGCAGGGCCCGCGGUCUCACCUGCCACCGACUUGCGUUGCUAACUCCAGCCGAGCAGGAGCCUUCAGCGCCGCCUGCGUUUCGCUCCAACAAAUCAUGACACUUCAAGGCGAACGGACAAGAAGCGGUGUUAGAUUUACCGCAGUGGACUUCCUCGCCGCACGCUACUGUAGACGCUUAUUUUCGCGGAAAGCAAAAACUGACCGAUUUCAAGGAUUGUACUUUCAAGGACUUUUCCUGCUGUGACCUCAAAACUGAUACAUAUAAAAAGAAGAAAAAAAAAAGACACACGAUGCUCCGCAAAGAAUGUACAUACAUGAACUUAACACUAAACCCUUGAAAUAUACGCGUAUUUAUUGUGUGUGUAGAGGUUUGUUAAUGCAGAACAAUUACGGAAGUAACCCGACAAGUGGUUUCUGGAAAUCUGUGUUUCCGUCGACGGAUCUUCUCAUAAUACGUUGGGAGAAAUGGAAACGUUUCACGCGUUUCAGGAUUACUUUGUAUAGACGGAGCCGUCGCCGCCAUUAAAGUAACGCUGAGCUGCCGUUCCAUGUAACGCUCUUAUUCUUGGCUCCAGGAGACACCUGCUGAGCUGCGGUCACCGUCGGGAGUGUGACUGACGUUGCCGAGUGGAGACGCCUUGGCCGAGUACGUCGCUCAAAGCCAAAAGCGACAUGGAGGUCACGGGAUACAACACGCCUUGUCCCGGGUUCAAAUUGUGUACCCAACCCAAGGUUAAAUACUCCUCGUAAGUCAAGGGGUGGUAUCUCCUCACGUUGGGUAGGAAUGUGGUUGAAGGUGUCUCCUUGCACUCCGAACGUCCCGGGUUUGAACGCCUCUUUUGCUGUAGUACAUACGAACAUUUUUACUGUAAAAAUUACCCAGCUGUAUAAAUGGGAAGAUCACUGUACGUAGAUUAGUAGAAAAACAUUACACUGUAAAUGGCCUUGGACAAAGGGCGCACAUAAGUAAAUCGGUGUUAGUCGGUCCACUACGGGGUUCGGUGGUGAGACAAGGCGUUCAUGGGUUCCAUUAAAGAUACGGAUCCCUGUCUGGGGCGAUAGCCGUUAAAGGACGGCGUUUACCAUCAAAAUGUUUUAUGUCUCAAAACUUAGCAACUUUGACUUCCUUUAACAAAUUGUGAUUUUUUUUUUUUUUUUUUUUUUUGGUUCUGUGCUGUAUUUAAAUGCAAUUUUCAUCAUGCAGAGGUCCGAACAAGGUAGGUUACAAGUGUUUGUGCCGUUGAAGGAAAAAUGUCACAGCGACUGCCACGAUGCUGCCGAUACAUGCCGGAGAAGGCGGAACAGAAUAGCAGAUGUUCUCAUUUUGCAAAUUUAUUACGCAAGGAAUAAACAGA